GUGACGUAGGUCAGCCAUUUUGAGUUGUUUGUUCAGCAGCGAACAAGUUAUUUCAGACGACAAGGAAGCGCAGGCCGAGGACAAAAAACAGGAGACGAAACAACAUUUAUACAUACAUUGUUUAGUAUGGGGCCGCCAAGGAGCAAAAUUCGAUGUAUACUGAUUGAAAGAAUGGGGGAUUUCAGUUGGUUUGUCCGUUUAUCUUGACAUGGCUUGUACUAGGUGUGGGAGCUGACCAGCUAACGUAGCUAACGUUACUGAAAAAAAAAAACAACAGAAGAAAACAAGAGAACAAGCUAGCUUGUUAGAUAAUAACUUGGCUUGCUAGCGAGUAAGUUACCACCAAGACAGCACCGAGGACGCUUAGUCGCGGUAACUAUCUGUAUCAAGGUUGCUAACUAGCGAAUUUCGCCAGCUAGCUAGCUGUUCUUAUUCGCAGUUAUCUUUAACUCGUUUUGUUUUUUUAAUGGAGUGAAGCGCAGAUAGCUGGCUAGCUAGCUACGCAUAUUAACCAUGGCUGUCGACAUACAAUAAAAUCGUUUCUUACAAUGGUAGCUAGCUUUCCAGCUAGCUACAGUAAGUAGUUGAUAGCUGGAUUGUGUGUAACGUUCUAACUGAACCAGACUGAGAAUGUAAAAACGGAGGACGUUAUUUGGUAGGCCUCGAUUACGCCGAGUAAGAUAAGAUGUAGCUGGCUGGUUAGCUAGCUGGCUACAUUAGUUGCAGAGUAGCUAACGUUAUCCCGGGGCACUUAAAUAACGCCAUAACUAUGACCGCAGAUGUUGGGGCAGUUUUAUUGCUAGAGAACUCCGAAAUGACGACUCACUUUUCUUUUGUUUUUCCUGGGGUCAAACCCUCGAACCUGCUUUUACCAGUCGCGAUCCUCUGUACCCCACAGCCUUGGAUGGUAACCCGUUCAUAAAACGGCCUCUCCAAAGAACUACAAACCAACACGCCAACCAUGGACGAGGCUGGGAGAAAACAGACUUAGCUAGCCACGUGUAUUGUUUUAUUUUUGGUUUUGUAUUACGGUAACGUUAGCUAGCCAGCAAGCGGCUGGGUCAGCAUGCGUUUGGAGGCAUCAUGUUUUGUCAGUUGCAUUUUGUAUAGGAAUAAAUCGCAUCUUAAGUUUAGCUGACUUUUUCCUCUCUUGGUUAAAGUUGCCGUUUUUGUUAACCCUUGGUGAGACUGAGUAACCUUAGAUGAAUUAAAGAAUAUUUGGGCUUAAAACUAACUAGAUCCACCUAUUUUUGCAGCAUGAUCAUAAUCAAUUAAAAUCAAAAUAUUUCCCAAAAUGUAACCCCUUACCCUGCGCACCCUUGAGUCAGUAGAAAAGAAAAUGACUUAAAUUCUCAUCAGCCACUUUGUUUAAAGUUAGAGUAGCUAUUCCAAUUAGCUUUUUGUAGGAUUCUUUGUUUUGUCUUGUUUCCAAAAAGGGAACUCCUCAUUUCACACAAUGUGCUAGUUAGGGUUAAUUAAACGACAAAACCACAGAAGGAAAGCGAUAACCAUCUGUAUUUCACAAUGGGGGACCCAAACUCCCGAAGAAAACAAACAAUGAACAGGCUACGUGCUCAGCUUCGGAAGAAAAAGGAGUCUCUUGCUGACCAGUUUGAUUUUAAGAUGUACAUCGCUUUCGUGUUCAAAGAAAAGAAGAAGAAAUCUGCACUUUUCGAAGUAGCUGAAGUGGUACCGGUGAUGACCAAUAACUAUGAAGAGAAUAUUAUUAAAGGCGUGCGGGAUUCCAGCUACUCGUUAGAAAGUUCUCUGGAACUGCUGCAGAAGGACGUGGUACAGUUACAUGCCCCUCGCUACCAGUCGAUGCGUAGGGAUGUCAUAGGAUGCACCCAGGAAAUGGACUUCAUCCUCUGGCCACGCAAUGACAUUGAGAAGAUAGUCUGUCUUUUGUUCUCAAGAUGGAAGGGUUCUGAAGAUGAACCUUUUCGGCCUGUUCAGGCCAAGUUUGAAUUUCAUCACGGAGACUACGAGAAGCAGUUUUUGCACGCCGUGAGCCGGAAGGACAAGGCAGGAAUGGUCAUGAACAACCCCAGUCAGUCUGUGUUCCUUUUUAUGGACAGACAGCACUUACAGACUCCAAAAACCAAGGCCACCGUUUUCAAGUUGUGCAGCAUCUGCCUCUACCUGCCACAGGACCAGCUGACCUCCUGGGGCGUGGGUGGCAUCGAGGACCACCUCCGUCCGUACAUGCCAGACUAGAGUCUCCGCCAAGCCGCGCAGGGGAGAUGGCCCAAUAAUCACUGCAGCAAGCUCGCCUCCUCACCUUCAGACCCUUCCAUUGAAUACCAGUGAACUUGUACUUGGAACACUCCCUUUGUGUUAAUCUUCUCAUUUUCACCCUGGAGCUUAUUUCAUUCGCUCACUCGUUCAUUUGUUCAUUCGUUCAUUUUAAUUCUUUUUCUGUCAAAUCUGUGAAUUUUGGUUUAAUUUUGCACUGAUUUUUUGUGACUUAUCAUGAUUGUAAAUUACCAAGCUGGCAGGAGGCAUGCUAUACUGGGCUUUUUAAGUCAUCACUCAGAUCUGUAAUGAGGGAGGGCAGGUGAGUUUUAGAGGACUGUCUUAAGAGCAACUCAAUUCAGUAUAUAAAAAGUGAAAAAUUCUUGUCAACGGUCAAAAGCUGUAGGCACCACUUGGUCUUUUUCCCAGUUGACACAUUUUGAGUUUUGCUGGAUCUUAUUUUUUGGGGUAUCUCCCUGCUUUGGCUAAGAAUUAUAUAAAAUAUUUUUUUGUUUUAUUAUGGAGAUUUAUAAAAGUUUAUCCCUGGCAGACCCAAGGUAAGACCCGGCGCAUGAAUAGCUCAAAGGAAAGUUUGAAAUUGUGAUGCAGAACUGCAAAAAUAAGCUAGAAAUAGUUUUGGAUGCAUAAGACACAAAUUGAUGGCACACAAGCAAUUCAUGCACUAUACUCUGGCUACCAGGAAACCUUUUAAUGUGGGGAUGUGUGGUGUUCUAUAUGGGGAAAGUUUAAAAAGGGGUAGCACGUGUAACUAGAGAAUAAAACUGGGGCGAUAAAUUUCUGGAACUUUUGAGAUUUGCUUUUUUGUUUUCGCUUUGGGGACAGAUGGAAAUUUUGGUUACUGUUUUGGAGCUUUGUCAGAGGGCGAUUAUUUUAAGGCUUGAUUUACUGGAUAAAAGGCACAUCUGCAAUUUUUUGCCUUGUUAAAUCAAUUAAAACCUGAAUUUAAAGCAGA